GAAACAUUCAAAUGCACUUCAACCUUCCAACAAUACGGAAAACAAUUCAUUUUGUCUUCAAAUGGCUACAAAAUUAUUACGAGUAAACAUUUGGUGAGAAGACCAUCGUCAUCAUUGGGUGGAAAUGGAAUGGUGACAAUUAUUGGCAUCAAAUGCUUAUUGGGAUUCGCACUAUUGCUGAAUUCCAAGAUCUGCACAACCAAAAAAGUUUACAAAAAGCUAAACCUAAAUUAUUCAUUACACAAAUGCAACUGUCUUUCUGAUUCCUCAUUGGCCAGAGCUCCAAUAUUGUAUUAGAUUAGUAUACAUACAUGAUACAACCCCCUUCUUUCAAAUUUCAACCACUAACAUCAGAGUCUUAGACAUAUACAAAGAGAAAUGGAAGAGGGUUUUGUUGUUGUAUCAUUGUAUGAGUGCGCGCUAAGCAACAAAAAGCAAAAGUAAUCAACAGAAAUGUGUGUUUAGUGAGUGAUGAGCGAAAAAGGCAACAGAAGCACCCAACUUUGUCAAAAAGUUUAUACAUUAGGAAACCCCUUUCUUUUACUAUCAAUUUACCCACAGCUUUAUCGAUUUUUGGGUGCAUACUUCCUCUUUGUUCGUCAUUGCCAGUCCCGCGUUUUUUUUUUACCAUGAAAUGAUGAGGUGAUUUGAAGGUUUGAUUGCUGAAAUCUGUAGAUAAUAACGGAAGAGAUGAAGAUUCGUUGGGGGUAUGUUGUAAUUUGUUCGAUUGGGGUUUAAUAAGGUAUUUUAUGCAUCGAUUUGGCGGUUAUAUUUGAUUAUUGGUGUUUAUGAUAUCCAAAAUAAGUCUUUGAUCUGAUUAUUAUGGGUUUUUGAUAUCGAUCAAGGAAUCUAGGGUUUUAAUUUGGGGUAUACGGAUUCAUAACUCGACGCAACUUCAAUAUUCUUUUCUCUAUCGAUACCUUCUUAUCUAUAGAAUCUUCAAGCAACAACCAAAAAGUAUUAGAGGCUUUAAUGGCUGCUUAGUAUUAUUGCGCCAUGGAUACUGGUUUUCACUACAAUAGAACCUUGAGCUCUGGUCUGAAUCGACAUGCCAUAUCCUUCCAAACAAGUGCAGUAGCCAGCACAUCGGAGAUGAUGAUGAUGGGUGAUUACUAUCCAAUGAACAGUACAUCAACACUAGGCACAAGGUUUUCAAACUGUGAUAUAGCAAACAGCAGUUCAGGGUUUACACAAGCUGGGAAUCCGAAUUCCUCUGGUUCUGUUCUUGCUGAUUCCAUUCCAGGGUUGAAGCAUGAUGCAGGCUUGGCUGUCGAAUGGUCUGCUGAAGAACAACAUAAGUUAGACGAAGGGCUUUCCCAAUUUGCUGAUGAACCUAGCAUCAUGAGGUACAUCAAGAUCGCUGCCACAUUGCGUGAUAAAACUGUUCGUGAUGUUGCUCUGAGGUGUAGGUGGAUGGCUAGGAAACGAAGGAAACAGGAAGGACUAAAUAUGGGGAAAAAGUUGAAAGAUAAGAAGGAUACUUUGGUGGAAUCAUUUACAAAGCCAAGUAUAUCAUCAGUUCCAACAUUAAAUGUGGCUCCAUUUUCUGUUACCAUGAAUAAUCAUGUCCAGAUUGACAGUAUUACUUUUGAAGCAUUAAGUGGCUCAAUAAGGAAUUUACUAGAACAAAAUAACCAAGUUAUUGGUCAGAUUUCAGCUAAUAUUUCCUCAAUGAAACUGCAGGACAAUAUCGACCUUUUCAACCACAUGAAGAAUAAUAUAACUACCAUAUUAAACAAUAUGAGGUAUAUGCCUGGGCCACCAUUCCCUGUAUCACUAAAUGAAGAUCUUGCUCAUAGUAUUUUACCAACAUCAAGUCAGACAAUGAUGUUUGAGGGAUCAGGUGGGAUGUAUAUGAAGCAAGAACCAGGGUUUUGAUGUGGGAGUUUGGUUGCAAAGUACAAAAUUAAAGGUGAUGUAAAUUUAAAAUAGGUUCACUGUAUUGAUUGCCUAUUCGGGUUUAAAUCCAAUGAUAUAAAAAAGAAAAUUCGUAGAGAUCACAUUUUUGAAAAAAAAAAAUUUAAAAUGUUUAGGUCAUUUGCUUAUGUUUACCCUUUAUAGUCUAUACAACAACAAAGUAGGCCCCCAAAAAUGUACUUUUUGUUCCUCGUGUUAGACCUAAAAUAAAGAUCUCAGUUUGUAGAGAUUUUAGCUCAAAUUAAUAGGAUGACUGAUGACUUGUUGUUCUUCUGGCUUUUGGUG